AUGCCUCUCGCUAUCUCUAUAUCAGAGAAGUUCUCCAUCCUCACCAUCCUCAAGAACCCUAUGAUCCUCCUCGGCUUGAUCAGCAUGGGUAUCUUCCUCGGCAUGCCCUACCUCAUGGACAACAUGGAUCCCGAAAUGCGCGCCGAGUUCGAAGAGCGCCAAAAGAGCAAUCCCAUGAACUCCCUCCUCGGCGGCGGCGGCGGCGGCGGCGACGCCAACCCCAUGGCCAACUUCGACAUGGCAGGCUUCCUCGCGGGCACCAGCAGCAGCAAGAAGGAAGAAACAUCCGGUUCCACGAGCGGCAGCGCCGGCGGCAAGAAGGAGAAGGGCGUGCGGAGGUAA